ACCAAAGCCAAGCUGUGGAGCCUGAGCUCCUAGCAUCCCUCAGGCCGGCUGCUUGCUGGGUUUCCUUAACUUUGGGCGGUGAAGGGUGAAGCUGGAGCCUGCGCUGUAGGGUCAACUGGUACCCAGGAGAAUGAAACAGGCCCUCGUGGACGAUACUGAGGAUGUGUCCCUAGACUUCGGCAAUGAAGAGGAGCUGGCUUUUAGGAAGGCCAAGAUCAGGCACCCCUUGGCCACCUUCUUCCACCUGUUCUUCCGCGUGAGUGCCAUCAUCACCUAUGUGUGCUGUGACUGGUUCAGCAGGAGCUUCGUUGGCUGCUUUGUCACUGUGCUUCUCCUGCUGUCCUUUGACUUCUGGUCUGUGAAGAAUGUAACCGGAAGACUCAUGGUGGGUCUUCGAUGGUGGAACCAGAUAGACGAGGACGGGAAAAGCCACUGGAUAUUUGAAGCCAGAAAGGCCUCUCCAAACCACAUGGCCGCCACUGAAGCGGAGGCGCGCAUCUUCUGGCUCGGCCUCAUCAUCUGCCCCGUGGUCUGGACCGUGUUCUUCUUCAGCACCUUGUUCUCCUUGAAGCUCAAGUGGCUGGCUCUCGUGAUUGCUGGGAUUUCCCUUCAAGGUGCCAACCUCUACGGCUACAUCCUUUGUAAGAUGGGGGGCGAGGGUGACAUCAGCACAGUCGCAGCCAGCUUUCUGUCCCAGACAGUGUUCCAGACGGCUUCCCCAGGUGACUUUGAGAAGCCCAGGCUUGAAGGACUGGACAUCCACCAGCGUUAGGUCAGGGGCCUGCAGCGGGCCUGCCCCGGGACCCUCACCUUGCAUUUGGGGCAGAUGAAGCCACUCAUGUUCUCCACCACACCGAUAAUGGGCAGCUUCACCUUGUGGCAGAAGCUGAUCUCUUUCCGGACAUCCUGGAGGGCCACCUCCUGGCAAAGUUCACAGAGAAGUUAUCCCACAGCCUCAGGGCACUGAAAGACACGCGUGUGGUCCAGGGAAUGGCUGUGAUGCUAUAGGUACACCAUCAGAGUGCGGGGGAGCAUGACCAUGGCUUGGUGGUCACUCACCUGAGGGGUGGUGAGGAUCACUGCCCCAUCAAUGUGUGCCGCAGCCAGAUACUGGACGACUGAGAGGUGUUCAUCGGAUGUGCCGGGUGGAGUGUCUACGAUGAGGUAGUCAACAUCUCCCCAGUCUACAUCUCGGAGGAACUGCUUGAUCAUGCCUGGAAGGGAGCAAGGCUGAGUGUAUGCACACAUCUCCAGAAGUAUCUAUCAAACUGCAUGAGCAUUCCUACAUGCCAUAGCAGGGGCUCUCAACAAGUGAUACUAUUGUCCCCAGGCAGCAGGAGGUGAGCUCUGAAGACAUGUUGGAUGGCCAUGAUGAAGUCAGGGGUGCUACUAUCAUUACGUAUGGCACAGAUAUGUUGCCCCAACAGACUCAUGUGUCAACAGUGAGAGAAGGUGCUUGUCCCCAGCCAUGCUUUCUGCAUGACCUUGUUUCCCCUACACUGAUCCACCAAGGGGUUUUUACUUCACAUUUCCCUCCUGACACAAACCACCCACGUGAUACCACACUACAAAUAACUUCAGGGUCCUGCAAGUCUCAAGAGCAGAAAAACUCGUGGUAGGUACUACAAUGUCUACACUGAAAACUGGUAUUUCUCAUACCAGAUCAGAGCGCUCAUAUGUAGGAUGUCCUGAGUUCCAUCCCCAUUAUCAAAGUAAUAGCAUCAAACACCACAGUCUCCCUGAUAGUCUGGCUAUAGACAGAAGAGCAGAGUGACAAACCAUUUUUUUUUGGUCCCCUCCAGAUGACAGCAUCAUCAGGGCUGCUGAGCAGGAAACCCACAGACAUCACCCCCAGGUUGUCCUCCACGUACUGCAGAGGAAUGGGGAUAAAGGGAAGAAACAUUUGCUUGUGGGGAACAAGAGCACAACACAUCUACAUAAACCAUGUGGGUACUUCCCAGGGAACCUGGUUGAAAAGAACAAACAUUAAAGGUGUCACGUGCCGCACACUACACUUGCUCUUUGCAGCCUAGGAGGCCAUCGUGAGACCCACAAGAGGCCAUGUGUGGCCCAUGCCUCAACGACAGGCCAGUGAAGCUAAAACAAACACCAUCCCCUCCGGGGUCUAACUGAAUGAGUAGAGCUCUCACAAUCUGGUCUUGGAGGUGAGGUUUGACUGGGACACACUAUCAUUCAGUGCACAAUACCACUUUGGAGUCAUGGAACCAGAGGCACUGGUCCAUUGGGCCCAUUAUAGACAAGGUCCACCAGGCUUUGAUUCUACCUGCGUGCCUGGAAAACAGCCUCAGUAAACGUGCAAGUUGAGCACUAUUUUGCCAACCCCACCUCCAUCAGAUACACCUCACUCACACAACCCGCCUCCCCAGGGAGGCUAACUCACCACUGGAGACCAGCCGGAGCCGCUCUGGUGAACCUGUGGGAACAUGGCAGUCGUUCUUGUCACUACACUCUGGUCUGAAGAGGAUGGCUUCACAGUGAGUCACCACCCUGUACUCCACCACUCAAUAAAAAAAGUUUUGCAAUUACA